AAAAAAUGAGUGGUCAACAAACGAGAAUAAGAAGUGUAUAUAAAACUAAACAAAAAAAGAAGUGAUACUACAUGUAUGUAUAUCGGUUCUAGACUUAUAGCUAGUGUUCCAAUGGCAUCCUGUGCAACUUCAUUUCUCACAAUUCUUCCCAACAACCAGGUGAAUCAUGUUACGCUCAGCACCAUUGCCACAUAUACACCAUUAAAAAGAAAUUUACAGAAAUCUAUAGGAAAUGGUAGAAACCAAGGGCAUUGUCUGCGGACAAAAGUGAAAACGUCUAUAGAUGCAGAUGUACUUGCCAAAGAUUCUACCACUUCUGAGUCUGUUGAUGAUAACAGUGAUUUUGGAGUUGUUAACAUGCAUCACGUGGGAUUGUUAUGUGAAAAUCUUGAGCGGUCGCUUGAUUUCUAUCAGAACCUUCUUGGUCUCAAAAUAAAUGAGGCACGGCCACAUGAUAAGCUACCAUACAGGGGUGCAUGGCUGUGGGUGGGUUCUGAGAUGAUUCAUCUGAUGGAGCUUCCUAAUCCUGAUCCAUACACUGGGCGGCCUGAGCAUGGGGGUCGAGAUAGGCAUACUUGUAUUGCAAUUCGAGAUGUGUCUAAGCUUAAGGCAAUCCUUGACAAGGCUGGUAUUCCGUAUACACUCAGUCGCUCUGGGAGACCAGCGAUUUUCACACGAGACCCGGAUACUAAUGCACUCGAAUUUACACAAGUGGAUUGCUGAAAUGUUUUAUAAUUAGCAUAAUCUCGAAGGACUUCUGAUUCUGUAAAGUUUGUAUAUAUUAGUAAAUCAUGUAAACUCUAUUAUACUAUUACUAGCUGUGAUCCUGGUGCCGAUACACUAGAGUCUUAGGCAUGCAGAUUGCAGACAUAAACGAAAGAUCUGAAUAAAACAAAUGUUGCGUUUGUGCAACAGUUUCUUGGACA